CCCAGCGAGGAUCAGGUGACUAGAGCUUGAUCCAGAGCUGGGAACCCGGUGGUGACAGGCUGGAUCCUGGGUUGGGCUACGAGGUAGCGAGAGUGGUGGUGGCGGCAGCAAAGGCAAACGCGCUGGCGGCCACAGCAGGCCGAGUAGCACUGAGAGAUUUGAAUGGCGGGAACUACGAUCAUGGACCAUAUUACGGUGCCCAAGAUUGCACUGCAUCAUAUUGCCACUGUGGAGAGGUUGCCUAUUACUACCCUGGGUUGUCCCCUGAUCCUCCACUGCAAGAACUUCCGGGUGGCCCACUUUGUUUUAGAGUCUGACGUUGUAUGCCAUGAGAUUUAUAUUUCACUGCUCAAGCUUUCUCGGCCAGAAUAAUUCCUCAGAAUGUGCUGAUAUUCUAUUAACAGAGGCUAGCUGUUAGCUGGCCCAACACUUUAUAAAAGGCUCUGGCAGACUCCAUCCAUCUCUGGAAAAGUUAUUGCCACAUAAAUUGGUCAAAUGAGUUAUUGACUACAUGUUGCCUCUUGUGAAGGGAGGAAGUGGGGUUGACAAGAAGAAGAGAAGACAUGGCCAUUUGUCAGCCAGAAGCAGAUAUUGAUUUGACAAGUAGAAUGCAAGAACACUGUUAAUGUUUUGCAACAUGUUACAACAAGCAUUGCAAUCAGGACAUUGAAGCUCAGUUAAAAACUUUUGCAUUACCUGAAGAUCUUUAUGCUUUUUCUUAUAAUCCCAAAUCCUCAAAAAAAAUGAGGGAACGUGGAUGGAGACUGAUUGACCCAAUAUCAGACUUUGGACGUAUGGGAAUACCUAACAGGUACUGGGCCAUAACAGAUGCCAACAGAAACUAUGAGAUAUGCAGUACCUACCCUCCUGAAAUAGUGGUUCCUAAAUCCGUUUCAUUGGGAACAGUGGUUGGAAGUUCAAAGUUCAGAAGUAAAGAACGUGUACCUGUGCUUUCCUACCUCUACAAAGAGAACAAUGCUGCCAUUUGCCGCUGUAGCCAGCCUCUGUCUGGAUUUUAUACCCGUUGCAUAGAUGAUGAGCUCUUGCUAGAGGCCAUUAGCCAGACGAACCCAGGAAGCCAGUUUAUGUAUGUUGUAGACACAAGACCUAAGUUAAAUGCCAUAGCCAACCGAGCAGCUGGGAAGGGAUAUGAAAAUGAAGACAACUAUGCCAACAUUCGCUUCAGGUUCAUGGGCAUUGAGAACAUCCAUGUGAUGAGAAGCAGCGUGCAGAAACUCUUGGAAGUUUGUGAAUUGAAAACUCCAACAAUGAGUGAAUUUCUUAGCGGCCUGGAGAGCUCAGGGUGGUUGAGACACAUUAAAGCUGUUAUGGAUGCUGGAAUUUUCAUUGCAAAGGCAGUUAAGGUAGAAAAGACUAAUGUCUUAGUCCAUUGUUCUGAUGGGUGGGACCGCACAGCACAAGUCUGCUCUGUGGCCAGCAUCCUCUUAGAUCCAUUUUAUAGGACAUUCAAAGGACUCAUGAUCCUGAUAGAGAAGGAAUGGAUAUCCAUGGGCCACAAGUUCUCCCAAAGGUGUGGCCACCUGGAUGGGGACCCUAAAGAAGUAUCCCCUAUCUUCACACAGUUCCUCGACUGUAUCUGGCAGUUAAUGGAACAGUUUCCUUGUGCAUUUGAGUUUAAUGAAAAUUUCCUGCUGGAAAUUCAUGACCAUGUUUUCUCCUGCCAGUUUGGGAACUUCCUUGGAAAUUGUCAGAAAGAUCGGGAAGAUAUGAGAAUCUAUGAGAAAACCCAUUCCCUGUGGCCUUUCUUGGUUCAGAGGAAACCAGACUUCAGGAACCCUCUCUAUAAAGGCUUCACUGUGUAUGGGGUACUCAAUCCUAGUACUGUGCCCUACAACAUUCAGUUCUGGUGUGGGAUGUAUAACCGCUUUGACAAAGGACUGCAGCCCAAGCAGAGUAUGCUAGAGAGCCUCCUGCAAAUUAAGAAGCAGAGAACAGUGCUGGAGGCAAAUGUGCACAAACUAGAAAAGAAACUGAAAGGCCAUGAUGAGUCACCUGAAGAAGUCUGUAGCUGCUCUCAAUUAGGGAAUUUAUUAUCUCAGCAUCUGGGAAGUCCUUUGUCCAGUCCUCUUGGCUUUAUGGGUGUUGAUGGAGACUUCAGUACCUUGAUGGAGAAUGGCACUCUUUCAAGGGAAGGAAGCCUUCAAGUUCAGUUGGAUCAAGUCAAAAGCCAAUGGGAAUACCUCCACCAUGACUGUUGUGGGAUCAUGGACAACCUUAGGGCCAUAAACAUUUCUGGGGAUGUGGGAUUCUCUGGAGACAGAGGCAUCUCUGGCAACACAGGCACCUCUGAGGCUAUAGGCUUCUAUGGAGACAUCAGCAUCUCUGAGGACAUGAGCUUCUCUGGGAGCAUGGUCAUUUCUGAGGACACAGGCCUCUCUAAGGCCAGCACCAAGGGAGCAGACUGCUCUAAGCACCAGUGAGCUACUCAUCUGUUUCCAUGCUGGGUGCACCUCUGACACUCACAAUGGCCCUUGUCCCCCUCAGAAAGACUGUGCUGCUUUUCUAAUUGUUUAAAUGGGUGAGGUCAGGGCAUCACUACUCUCACUUAAGAGCCAAGAAGGGAAUUUAGGGCCUUUAGUAGCUAAGCAACCAGUAUAUGCAUGUCAAGCAGCCCAGAAUACAGGCAAGAGAAAUAAUGUGUUAUUAUUCUAUAAUUGGAUUUAGCUUUGAAAAUGUUCCUUUUCAGCUUAGAAAUUAGGCUUAGAAAAUUACCAUUUUCCUUAAAGAUCAGCCUCUCUUACUUUCCACCCUUAACUACUGUAACAUGAAAACAAGUGGAAAUAUCAUCACAGUGAAGAAUUAAGAUCCUUAUGAGGGCAUAGAGAUAUGGUGUGCAACAGGUAACUGAAUUGCAAAAUUGAGAUGGGGGUAGAUGUGUUCCUGUGCUGAGAAUAGCUGGGACUUAUUAGACUGAGUAAAUUGAGCCUUGUUUUUCUUUGACACUUUCAAGGAGAAAGUUAAUUGCAGGAGCUGAGCUCUGCUGAAGUAAAAAGAUAAGAUAACCACCUCAAUCACUCCUAGAGUCAAAAAGAUCUCCCCAAUUAUACAUGCACAGUAAGAUUCCUAGGGGUCAAAAAGGGAGGGGGUGCCAGGCCAUAAUAAGUCCUGAUACCAUCCCAGAACCCUUUGCUCUGGAAUCCAUCUUUGCCAAAAGAUGUGCAUGCAUAUUGGGGAGGGUCCUGUGUGUGAGAAAUAAAACACUCCAGUCAGGUGUGAGAAAUAAAACAGGAUAAUUGGCUAAAGGUAAACAAAGACCUGGAAGAACUGUCCUACAUAAUUGAUUUAAAUCACCUCUUAGGCACACUCCUGACUCAGGGGGAUGCCCUCAUCCACACUCUUUAGAGUAUUACUUCUUUGCUUCUGACUUAAAUAAAUAAACGACUUCUCUGUGUGCUCUCCCACACAUUGUACUGUCUCUAACAAUAAACUUUAUGCCUAUUUAAACAGUCUAUGCCUCCUUGAAAUAUUCUUGCUUUUAACAGGGGGAGAUAAUUAUGGCAAUUCUGCUUUUAGCCUCUAGUUAGUCUAGUGGCUAGGAUUCCUGGUUUUCAACCAGGCUGCCCAGGUUCAAUUCCUGAGCAGAAAAUUAAGAUCUUACUCCAAGCCAAUAUUCCCUGCUCUCCCUGAGAUCAGAAUGACUUAGAAGACAAUUUUAUUUCCAGGUAUAUUUAGUCGUAGGAUGUAAGCUAACAUUAUUGCCACUAGAGACGCCAACAUUUGCCUGAACAAUAAAUCAAAAUGAUCCAUAGGUGCAUGGAUGCUUAGUAGUUUAGAAUAUAUAAAGAAAUAGUUUUCUUAAGUAACACUUGUUUUCCCCUCACACCCUAUCUAGGUUUUAUAAUACUUAGCAAACUCCCUUUUUCAGAGAUAGCCGAUCAGUAAACUUGAAGCCACUCCAUUCUAAAAUGAUCAAUUAAAUAUUAACAUAAUCUGAAUUAAUAUUGAUAAAUAGUAUUCUCAACAUCACUUUAAGAGGUAACUGAAAAUCUCUAGACCUUCUAAUACAUGGCCUAUGUGCACUUCUAAGUUUUCCUAAAACAGAACUCUUAUUAGGUAUUUUUAUGAAGACCAGAGGUUUUGCUUCCCUAGACAUCACAUCAGCUUUGCAGAUUUUUAGACACAAGUGGCACUACUUUUAAAAUUCAAGAAGGAUCAAGAUGGUGGUGGAGUAAGACCUUGUGCUCACCUUCUCCCAUAACACAUAAAAAAACCACAACUGUAUGUAGAAUGACUUGCAGAGAAUACGUACUGAAUGUUGGAAGAAGAACUUAAACCUCCAAAAAGGGCUAGAAACCCUCGACAUAACUGGGUAGAACAAAAGAAAAAAAAAAGAAAAAGAAUCAGUAUUGGACUAGCAUUCCUGAGAGGCAGCCAUGAAAGAGAAAAGGAACCCACAUCCUGGGAAGCCACCUAAAUGACAAGGAGGUCAGCCAAGACAGAGGGAACUCAAAGUCUCUGAGAAAAGCACAGCAGCUGGACUGAGGAGGGCAAAUCAGAGUAAGAUUGACACCAAUCAUCUGCACCACUGCCCCAGAUAUAACAGCCUGAGAUACUGCAGUGGGGGCUGGAGGCUGUGAUUCAGGCUCUGGAGGUCACUUCUGGGGAGAAGACUAGGAUCAGCUGCAUGGAGGCAGCCUGAGGGGCUAGGGAGUGGUGUACCAUGGCCUGGGCAAUAGAACGCCAUGGGCUGGGGAGAAGAAUAUAGCCAAUGGAACCCGGGAGGAGGUCGGCCCACAGGAGAAGCAAGGUGCCAUUGUUGUGGAGUGUGAGAGGAGAAGGGGCAGACUGCCAUAGGAAUCUCCCUGCACACAUGGGCUCUCAGAGGGUGGGACACUUCUGGCUCAGGCUAAGGGUGGUGAGAAGGCACUUGCUCAGGCUGAGGGAGACUGGGCACCUCUUGCACAGGAUACAGGUGGCUGGGCACCUCUUGUGUGGGCUAAGGGCAGCAGGGGGCUAUGUGAGAUGUGGUGCCUCUUGUAUGAUCUACAGGCAGCAGGGACAAACCACAGCAGUCAUUUCAGAAACUGGAGGGAGGCUGGUCUGCAACCACUUCAGGUCUGUGAACAGGUUCCACCUGUGGCCCCAGUUACCUCAGAGAUUGGCAAAAAAGAGCACUGCAGCUGAGACCACUUCUUGUUGCUCUCACACCUGGGAACACAACCACCCUGCUGCUGCCACUGCCAAAUGCUCCAGGCUGCGUGCACACAUGCUUGAUCACUGUCACUUCCCAGGACCCUGCAACUAGGAGCAGCCUGUGUAGCACUUCCUACAUGGGCUAAGCAGGAUGGGGUGCUUCUUGCAUGCUCUACUGGUGGGGACAAACCACCACAGUUAUCUCUGACUCUAGGGGUGGGUGUGGCCCACCACCAUAUGGGUAUGUGAACAGGCAGCACUUACUGCCCCAGUCACCUCAAAGGAUACCACUGAGGAAGGCAUUGUGACUGAACACUGUUGUUGCUCUCACUCCCCUGGGAAUUCACACACCCUGCCAGUGCCACUGCCAGAUGGUCUGGGUGCCACAUAAAUCUGCCUGAGGCACAUUAACACUUCCCUGGGAUCUUCAACUAGGAGUAGCCUGCACCACCUUCCUGUAGGUCUGUGCUGCUCUCAAGAGACCAGCAACCAGACACUGACUACUAGCCCUACCUGUUGCUUCCUUCCGCCUGGAAACACACUCAGUACCUUGGAGUUAUCAGCCUGCUCACAUCAAAGAAGUAGAUAGCAAAUAUAAAAAAUCCCAUGCCAUAAAUAAAUAUUAACCCCUCCAAAAAAUACAAAGGGGUGCUCUUGCAUAGAAGUAGCCCUCCAAGACUACAGUUUAGCUUCCCUACACUCACAGAAAAAGAAAAGCAUAAGCAAGAGGAAGAAGCUCAGGAAAACAUUCCCAGCCAAAAGAACAAGACAAUUCACCUGAUGCAGCAAACAAUGAAACAGACCUCUGCAGUAUGAUAGCACUGAGUUCAAAAGGGAGAUAGUGAAAAUACUGAAGAAAUUAAGGCUGAAUAUGAAGGAAUUAAAAGCAUAUAUAAAAAGUACUGCAAAUUACUUUAGAAAGGAACAAGAAAAUAUUAGGGGGAACAUAGAAAAAUUACAAAAUUCAUUUGCAGAGACAAACUGAGCUAAAGACAAUAAAGAACAGAAUGAAUAAUGCAGAGGAAUGAAUUAGUGACUUGGAAGAUAGAAUAAUGGAAAUCAUCCAAUCAGGACAGCAGUCAGAAAACCAAAUGACAAAUCAUGAAAGCAAUAUAUGAGAUCAAUGGGAUAAUAUAAAGCAGGCCAAUCUAUGCAUAACAGGAAUUCCAGAAGGAGAAGAAAAAGAAAAGGGGAUUGAAAAUAUAUUUGAAGAAAUUAUGUCUCAAAACUUUCCAAAUCUAAAGAAAACUGCUAUUAAGAUCCUGGAAACACAGAGGCCCCAAACAAGUUGAACCCAAACAGGCCCACACCAAGACAUAUUAUAAUAAAAAUGACAAAUGUUAAGGAGAAAGGAUUCUCAAGGAAGCAAGUUAUAAGGGAACUCACAUACAGCUAACAGCUGAUUCCUCUACAGGCCAGAAAAGAGUAGCAAGGUAUAUUCAGAGUUCUAAAAGGGAAACAUUUGUAGCCUAGAUACUCUAUCCAGCAAUAAUAACACUUAAAAUAGAAGGAAAAAUAAAUAAUUUCUCCAACGAACAAGAGCUAAAAGAGUACAGCAACACUAAACCCAUUCUAAAAGAAAUACUGAAAGAGCUUCUCUAAAUAAAAAAGAAGUAAGGGGAGUUCCCGUCGUGGUGCAGUGGUUAACGAAUCUGACUAGGAACCAUGAGGUUGCAGGUUCAGUCCCUGCCCUUGCUCAGUGGGUUAACGAUCCGGCAUUGCCAUGAGCUGUGGUGUAGGCUGCAGACGCGGCUCAGAUCUCGUGUUGCUGUGGCUCUGGCGUAGGCUGGCAGCUACAGCUCCGAUUAGACCCCUAGCCUGGGAACCUCCAUAUGCCGUGGGAGCGGCCCUAGAAAUGGCAAAAAGACAAAAAAAAAAAAAAUUAAUUAAAAAAAUUUAAAAAAUUAAAAAAAAAAGAAGUAAGAAGAAAUAGAAUGGAGGAAAUCACAACUGGAAAGCAAUCACUUAAACAAGCCAGUAUACAGAUCUAAAAGGAAAAAAAAAAACCUAUUGUAAAAGUGAUGAUAAACACAAGGAAGAGCAAAAGGACAAACAUGAAGAUGUUAAAAAAGGACUUAUAAACCAUAGAAUGUGAGAAAGGAAAGAAAAAAUCUAGACUCUUUUUUUAAUAAUGUGUUUUAGCCUAAAUGACUAUCAGGCUAAACCAAACAGAUAUCAUAAUGGGUUAAAAUAUUUGAAAAACAGGGCAACCACAAGUCAAAACCAAAGAUUACAUUAACAAAAA